GCCAGCGUAAAACCAGCAUUAAGCUACCUGGAUGAAAUAACCAAAAGUACAGUGGUGUUUAAUACGGGUUAUAAAGGAAGAAGGAGAUCCUGAUGAACGUGGAGCGCAACGCCAGCGUGGACGAGGCGUCCUCCUACUUCGACAACAUGGCGUCGUACGUCGACGAACUCCGCAAGCUGCAGAUCGAGCUCAGAAGACGUAUCAGGCGCUACGUGGACCAGAGCGUGCACGAGGCAGGGCACAAGGAGGCGCAGGGCAUCGCCAUCUUGGUUCUGGUGCUGGCUGUCUCUCCCAUCAUCAUCAUCCUUGUUCGCAACGCCGUCGCCACCAUCCAACUGUACUCGGCCAACCUGGCGCUGAAGGCGCGCGAGCUGAAGAAG